CUCGAAGGCUCGGCAGCUGAUCAACACCUCCACUUCCAAUUACGAAUUUACGAAAAAAACGAUUAGUAUACCUUCAGGAUGCCCGUACCCAUCUCGCACGACCAGGCUCAACAGCAGUCGAUCAUCCAGAAAAUGGGAAUGGGUGCCGCGAUGGGGGGUGCAGUAGGAAUGACUCUAGGAUUUUUAUUCGGUGGAUUUGCGAUCAUCAGUCGAGGCGCAGGCCCCAGAGGCCCACUGAACACACUCGCAACUUACAUGGCAUCUAGUGGCGGAACAUUCGCUUUUUUCAUGUCUAUCGGAUCCGUCAUUCGCACUGAAUCCCAACCAUCCUUGACCCCGGCUCAGUUCUCCUCCCUACAAUCUCACUGGCGUUCACGGCACCUUCACCCUGUAGAAAAGUCGCCCAUUCAACGAUACCAAUAAUCCGAAUAUGUAUCAAGCGUUCGUCUCUCAGACGCCUCAAGCUAUCUUUUUUCCCCAACCUGCUUUGUGCAAUCUCGUUUUUUUUUUCUUUUACAAAAUCAUUUGCAACAACUCUCGCCCCUAGCGAACCCUUUCGACAAACAAGCCAUUCCAGACAUGUGGACAUACUUUCCCUGGAACUUAGGAGAAGGCGUAAUAUAAGAUCGAUUGAGGUCAAUUAGUUAUGC